AUGUCUCUGGACUCAACCUCUGCGGCUCCACCAUCAUUGAACAGCAGAAUAGACGAGCUUCGUGGUGAUGCCGCAAGUCAAACUGACGCCACAGAGCACACCCGAGGCGAUAUUACCCCCGCAGUGCCCGCCUCUCUUCUCUCCCCUUCCUUCACCCCUCCAGCGACACCAGGUGGCACGAUAAACCAAGCGCAACUACUUCAGCAGACUCAACAACCCACGCACACUAAACCGCCUAAGCUCCUCUCCUGCCUUCCAAAUGUCGAGUGUAUUGUUCGCGCACGGAUCCCAACCACCAAUGGGGCCGAGAUGUUCCUUCACCUCUACCACAAUGACUUGGACAACAAAGAGCACUUAGCAAUUGUGUUCGGAAACAGUAUCCGAUCCCGAAGUUUGGACGCAAUCCGCCCGGGGGAAACGGAAAUGGACCGAAUGAUUCGUGGGGCCUACAUCGGUACCCUCCGUCCCGGCCGAGUGAGCAGUUGGUAUGACAGCUCCGCAAAUACUGAGAGCGCUUCUAGUGGACAAGGGCGGAGCACCCCAGAUGCCCCUGUUUCGUCACAGACAUCAGAGUUAGCACAGAGUAGCACAAACCAAGCGCCGCUGGUUAGAAUCCAUUCGGAAUGUUACACCGGCGAAACGGCAUGGUCCGCGCGCUGUGAUUGUGGUGAACAGCUCGAUGAGGCGGCACGUUUGAUGUCUCUCCCGAUGGAAACUUUGAAUGAGGUGGCAUCCCAGCAAGAUUUAUCUGUGCCUUCGAAUGCAUCUGGAGGCGUGAUCAUUUACCUCCGCCAGGAAGGCCGCGGGAUCGGUCUAGGAGAAAAGCUUAAAGCGUAUAAUCUUCAAGACCUUGGAUCGGAUACCGUCGAAGCUAAUUUACUCCUUCGACAUCCCGCGGAUGCCAGAAGCUACGGUCUUGCCACAGCGAUGUUGGUGGAUCUUGGUCUAGGUGUUGAUUCCAACCCACAUGGAAUCCGCCUGCUUACCAACAACCCUGACAAGAUCCGGGCGGUCGAGGGACCGAACCGGGAAGUUGUUGUGAAGGAAAGAGUACUGAUGGUGCCCUUGGCCUGGCGAACAGGUGGAAAGAUGGGAAUUACGAGUACUGAAGUCGAGGGCUACUUGCGGACCAAGAUUUCGAAGAUGGGCCAUAUGCUCCAAUAA